GAACACUUCGCACUGUGGAAGAUGUUGCGCCCUCGCAUCAUGGAUCACAUUUACGACGUGCACAGCGAGCUCGUGGAGAAGCCCAAACCCGAGGGUGAUGAUAAAAACGACUGUGCAAAAGAUGGUGUGGCGUCGACACAUCAAGAUGAUGUUGAUAUGGCUUCAUGUUUGGCCUCGCUCAACAUGGCAAUCGGCAGCGACGGCAAGAAUCGGACGAGGACUAAGAAGCUGGUCGCCGACUUCCUCACCGACAACCCUCCCUUGCAGAACCUGACGUACCUCGAGCAGACACACGUUGUCGUGACCAGGAUCAGCUCGACUCUCUUGCGCUCGAAGGGCAGGGUGUACCCAGGAGACGAUCUGCAGGACAAAAAUGCAUGGGUCGAUGAGAAGCGCAAAGUUGACAAGGAGAGUACCAUGCUGACCAUCCGGCUCCAGUCGGUCGACGCCUCCUUGGCCCAAUGGGUGGCUGAGCUCUGGGCUGACCAAUCCGACGUCGUGGCUACCCACCGCACGAGGUUCCUCUACAUUCAGAAGGCAUUGAAGCUGAUUGCAGAGAACGCGCAGUUCGGCAGCGAGCCCAUCAAGCAGUACAUCAUCAAUGGGAUCGAAUUCGGGGCCGCCGUGGAGGCCGACAUUUUCGGGUACAAUAGCGUAGAGAACGGGAACCCCUCCAGCGAGGCAUUGUGGCUCAGGGUGUUCGAGAUUGCCGAAAUCUUGAAGGGCCGAGUGGUGAAGAAGCCCGUCGUUGCAAUGUUGCGGAGCCGCGAAGCGCAGGUCAAGUCCAAGAUCGAGUGCAUGAAGAAGGCCGACAUCGUGAAGGCACUGCAGGUUGAGUUCCCUGGCGCAGUGCCCGAAGGUGUUGAUACCUUGGUCAAGUCAAUGGUUAUGCAGUUAUUGCUUCAGGAGCGGCUCCGACGGAUGGAUGCCCAAGAGCUUGCGGCGCUGCAAACAUGGAAAAGCUUAUUCUGCCUGGGUUUCGAGGAAGGCGCCGACGCGCUUCGGAGGAAAGCCUCUGCCGUGGCCCUGCCCCUGACCGCUCCAGAUGCUGAGUCCAGCCCGCGCGGUGACAAUGCCGACAAUGCUGGCGCCGAGACGGCCGAGACGACGUCCGCGCAGCCUCAGAACACAGUGGUUGUGGCCUUGGAACAGUGCACUCAGGUAGAGAUCAACGGCAAGGAAUACUUCAUCCUCUUCAAGGGUAUGGGGGCUUGUGACAUGUCGCGCCGCCUGUGGAAGUGCGACGAGGCGAGCCGCUACCUGACGCAUGCCAUCAUGGAGGAGUGGCUGUUCGGUUGCGGGCCUGCCAUUACCAAACCAGUGGGCGGCUCCAACGGCGGUGACGAUGCCGCCGCGGUGCCGCCGACGCCGAAGAAGCCCAAGACGAGGGUCGCAGGGAAGACCGAGCCUGCGGUGAUUGCAGCGAGGGAUGAGGACGCCGCGGUGGAGACCGCGGCCGAGAAGGUGGAGGUGGUCGUCGAGGACGAGAACGACGAGAACGAUGAGAAGGAGCAGCACGCGAAGCCGAUCUCUCUCCUCGAUGUGGGCCUUGACUUCCUGGUGUGCCCGUCCUCCCAGAUGUCAGCUGGUAGGCCCGGUGGCGGAGUGAAGCUCUACUUCGACAGGACGCGUGAUGCAUGCGGGUCCAUGGAGGAGAAGCUCAAGCUUCAUUUCGCAGGCAGGGUGGUGAUAUACCCUGGCGCCUUCGUUGGAGAUGGAGCUCGCGUCGCAGCAGGCCGCGUGCACAUUGAGCAGCAGGAGCUCAACAUCUUCAUCGUGCCGAACGUUAACUUCAAGGACCCCCGCAGCACCAUCAGCGUCCCCGCCUGGAGCGUGCCAGUCGUGGCGGACAAGGCGCAUGAGGAGGACACCAUGACCAUGAAGGUGGGCACGUACACGCAGGUGAUCAAGGACGUGCCUGGGGUGGACGGCGGCGCCGUGAUGCUGGACCGCAGCUUCUUGAUGAUCAGGCCGAGGGCGGAGCUCUUGGCGAUUCAGCAGCGGAAGAGCGAGGAGGGGGUCCCGGCGGCGGCUGCGGGCACCGACGGGGAGUUCGCCCCGCUCGAGCUGGAGCCCCUGACCAGGCCAAAGUUCCCGUGGGAGUUCAAGGCCGUGGUCCAGGAGGACGAGAAGGCCCGCAAGGCGCUUGGCAAGGUGGGCCAACCAAU